AUGGCACCUGUCGACGAGGUCAGGGAAUUUAUGGAGUGCAUGGGCGGCGCCACGUCCGUUCUCAAAAAGGCCAGAGCAAAAGAAAGAGCUAGGAUCGGUUUACAAAAACUGGGUUACGGCGCCAAGAAUGGCACCUGGAAGAACAUUUACCUGACAGGUGCAUAUGAGCUGGAAAACCCUCCUCGUCCAGCGAUCAACGCCAUGGCGCCGCAAGGCCUGCAAGAAGGAGAAGUUACUAUCAAUUUCAUGGUCGACGGCAUGCCUGAAGGGUUAAACCCCGACACCGGCUGGCAUUUACGGUUGAGCAAUGGUGCCCUGACAGGACAUGGCAUUUGCUGCGCGUCGUACUCUGAAGCCCCAAACACUCAGUUCAAGGUCACAGGCGAUGUGAGCGCUUGGAACACGAUCGGGUGUCUCACCACUGCUCCUAACAAGGCGUUCAAUAUUGUCACUCCUUGA